GCCAAGCAACAGGUUCCAGUUCAGAAUCGCCCCGUUCGGAGUCUUCUCCGCUCGCCUACCGUCACUCCCGGGCUGCGCAGGGGAGGGGGAAGCCGCCUUCUCCCGCUCCUCUCCGGCUUCGAAAUGGGGGGCAAAAAGAAAGAAGACAACGAGGCUUCCAGCCAGUACGGGGAGAAAUAUCAAUACGAUCCUUCUUUUCAUGGUCCUAUCCAGAACAGGAGCUGUACAGAUAUUAUUUGCUGCGCUAUCUUUGGGGUCUUCCUUGUUGGCUACAUGAUAAUUGGGCUUUUGGCCUGGCUGUACGGUGAUCCGCGACAAGUUAUUUAUCCCAGAAAUUCAACAGGAUCCUAUUGUGGAAUUGGCGGCAAUCGUGGCAAACCUUACCUUCUCUACUUCGACCUCAUGAAAUGCGUCGUGGAAGCGAAUCCACUGGCAAUGGCAAUGAAAGGCUUGCAAUGCCCUACCCCACAGAUUUGUGUCGCCACUUGCUCCAGCAAAUUCUGGACGUUGCUUCCCACUGAUUUAGUGUCUCCUCAUAAGAAACCUUCUGACGUGUGGAAUCAGACAGUGUGCCAGCCCAGCAUUGAUCUCGAAACUACAAAGUUGACUGUGUCACAAAUUCUCAACCAGCAACUUUGUCCUCGAUUCACCAUCCCAACCGAGCCAGUUAUUAAUCGUUGCUUACCUUUUUUUAACAUCUCUGAAGUUGGAAGCUUUAAUGUGGGUACAAUGACAAUGAAUGAAACCAUGAGGAACAUCACAAAUGGAACAGAACAGCUCCUAAGUUCUCUCAAUGUGAAGGACAUUAGCGUGAAGAUCUUUGAGGAUUUUACACGGACGUGGUCUUGGAUUCUCAUAGGUCUCCUGCUUGCCAUGUUCCUGAGCCUCUUGUUUCUCCUGCUGCUGAGGUACAUCGCUGGCAUCCUGGUAUGGGUUCUCAUUGUGGGAGUAGUAGCCAUCAUUGCAUACGGAAUCUACCACUGUUACACAGAGUAUGAUAUCCUCAAAAAUAAGGGAGCCACUAUACAGACCAUCGGAUUUACCACCAACUUGAGCGCUUAUGGAAGUGUCAAGGAGACCUGGUUGGCAGCCUUGAUUGUCCUCUGUGUGGCAGAAGGCAUCUUGCUGCUUAGUCUCCUGUUCCUCCGCAACCGGAUCUUCAUUGCCAUCGCCCUCAUCAAGGAAGCCAGCCGAGCUAUUGGAUAUAUGAUGUCCACCCUGAUCUACCCACUGCUGACUUUCGUCUUAAUCGUGAUCUGCGUGGCCUAUUGGGGCAUGACGGCUCUAUAUCUUUCUACUUCUGGAGAGCCCCUUUUUCGUAUCACCCCAACAAAUGAUACUGCCCCGGGCUGUGAAAAAUUCCGUGGUAAUGAAAGUUGCAAGCCGCUGGAUUUCAAUGCCUCCGCCAAUCUCCCUUGCAUAACCGAAUGCAUCUUCUACAGAUACAAUGAUGAAGGGCUUUACCAGCGCAACCUCUUCAAUCUUCAGAUCUACAAUGUUGUGGGCUUCCUUUGGUGUAUCAACUUCGUCAUUGCUUUGGGACAGUGUGUGCUUGCGGGAGCCUUUGCUUCCUAUUACUGGGCCUUCAAGAAGCCUCAAGAUAUCCCAGCCUGUGCCUUGCCUAGUGCCUUCCUCCGGACAUUAAGAUACCACAUGGGUUCGUUAGCUUUUGGCUCUCUUAUCCUCACCAUCGUUCAACUGAUACGCAUGAUACUAGAAUAUCUGGACCACAAGCUGAAAGAGGCCGAAAAUCCAGUUGCCAACUUUUUAAUGUGCUGUCUGAAAUGUUGCUUCUGGUGUUUGGAGAAGUUCAUCAAGUUCCUCAACCGAAAUGCUUAUAUUAUGAUUGCCAUUUAUGGAAAGAACUUUUGUGUGUCGGCCAAAAAUGCUUUCAAUCUCCUGAUGCGGAAUGUUGUCAGAGUCGUAGUCCUGGAUAAAGUCACAGAUCUGCUGCUGUUCUUUGGGAAGCUCUUGGUGGUGGGAGGAAUCGGCGUCCUGUCCUUUUUCUUCUUCACGGGACGAAUCCCCACGGAGGACACCCGGUUCAAAUCCCCAGUCCUCAACUACUACUGGCUGCCCAUACUGACUGUGGUUGUAGGUUCCUACCUCAUCGCCCAGGGAUUCUUCAGCGUCUACAAUAUGUGUGUUGACACGUUGUUCCUCUGUUUCUUGGAAGACCUGGAGAGAAAUGAUGGUUCCGAGGAGAAGCCGUAUUACAUGUCCAAGUCUCUCAUGAAGAUCCUGAACAAGAAAAACAAGAAGCCCAAGGACAAAUAGAAAAGCCUGAGUCUGAAGGAAACUCAUCACUUUACGUUAUUGGUCCCCAUCAUUUCUUUUCAUCCCGCAUCAGAGACAACUUCAUAUACUUCCCUUCCCCUUCCCAUGUUAUGGCCUUCCACAAGAUGACUUGAAACUUUUUGGGGUGGGGGGGCUAUAUUGCCAUUUUCAGAAAACAGCCACCCAUAUGGCUGUUUAUUGCACAGAAUGUCUAUUUAUGAAUAAUUGAUCUACUUAAUUUCUCUCCUGUGCCAUGCUUUCUUUGGAAACAUUGUUUUGAUCUCUGUCUUCCCAGACUCUUUCUGCUUCAGAGUAGGUCACUUCGCUUCCUUGGUCUGGGACCGUUCCUCAUGGCUGUUUUGCACUUGUUCUGGUCAAUUGUCUUUCCGAUGGUCAAAAUCAGGGCUCUUUUCUUAAUCUUUGGUUGGCCACUUGCUCCAUUUUUAGCUACGUUCUGGGACAAAUCAGGCAGUGGUGAAUCACAAGCUCCUUCUAAAACAUCUCCUACAGAAGCACCUCUUCUCCUGUUGCCAUCCCUGUGUGGGACAAUCUCAGAAACAUCCUGCUUCCCUGGCACACUGAGUGGAUACCCUCUGGAAAAGUGUCUUGGAUCAGAUCUCCAGAUGUUCUCCAGAUAUUUUGGAUGUGAACUUCCGAGCGGAGUUGGAGUCCAAUUCAUUUUGAUUGCUCAGCCCAUCCUUCUUCAGCUUUGGUGACUGUUAGUACAUAGCUGGCCUUUCCAAUCUACUUAGAGGACUGUUCCUACCCCUUCUCUCUGAUUUAUAUUUUUACCCUUGACUAUUUUUAGAUGAUUAAGCCCUGUGUGUUGUUUAAUUCCUGUUUCUGACUCCUUACCCGGCCAAAGAUUUUUCUGAAACUGAUAAAUUAUUCCAACGUGCCAUCUUAUAUUUCAGAUCAAAUUGUUCUUUUUCCUGUUCAGCCAGUUCUCUCUCUCUGAAUGUCUUACUGGUUGAAUUGUUCAAUAUUGCACUAGCCAAGCACCAAAUGAAAAAUGGGCUUCGGUAUACUGAAUGUUGGCCAUCUUAUUUUCUAAGUGCCUUUGUGGAUAAACUCCAUUUCACUUUCUGAUAUUACAAUGCCAACGUUUGGCCCGAGUUUAUGAUUUGCAAAUUGCCUUAAUUCAGACCAAUUUCCGGUCACCUCUAUUUUUUGCUUUGUUUCCCUCACUUUUACCUUCCUACAGUCUCUGCACUGGUUUUCCUCUCCUCCCCCCCCCCCAGGAGUAUUCCUUGCCAGUAAAAAAAUAAUCAUAAAAACAAUAUUGUGGCCGGAUGCAAAACACAGCCACUGCUCUUCAGAUCAAUCUUUAUCUUAUGCAAGGAUGCUGUUGCUGCAAUUUUUAUACAAAGAAUACGUGUAUAUUAAAUAUGAUUUUAAAUAUGA